AUGCUUUCUCGUCAAAAGUUGAUCAAGUGCUGUUAUUUCGUUGCAUUUAUGGAUUUGUUCGCAGUUGGUAUGUUGCCACCAUUGUUCAACCGUCGUGGUCGUGAACUUGAAGGGUCUCCUUCGAUGAUUGAUCUCGUAGGAUCCAUUUAUGGCUGUUUACAGUUCUUGUCAAGCCCAAUAAUAGGCAAGGCAAGUGAUGUUUGGAGUCGGAAAUCGGUCUUGCUUCUUAGCUUUAUUGGUUGUUUCAUUGGAAAUUUAUACAUGGGUUUGGCAAGCACAAUUCUCAUGUAUGCUCUGGCUCGAUUACCUACAGGCCUUUUAAAACAUAGUCAGUCAUCAGCAAAAGCUUAUUUAUCAGACAUCAAAUUACCUGAAGAAAGAUCAGGUGUAUUUGGUUGGUUCAAUGCAUUUGGAAGUUUUGGUUUCAUAAUCUCGCCCAUUAUUUGUGCUACUGUUGCUAUGCACGAUAAUGGAUACUUCAAGGUUUCACUUUUGAGCUUUGUGGAAGUGUUGGAGGGUGAUGAGAAGGUCAAUAUGAAUCUUAACAGACGUAAAAAGUUUAAAAUGGAAAGUGACUUGGUUAAUGACAAACAGAAUGACAAAGAGAAAUCAUUUUUCUCCAGAAUCGUCAAUGUUGUUGCUGUUUCAUCAACUGUGAGCGUUUUUGACUUGUUGCUGAUUCGUAUCAUUAUGGCUUUAGAUAUGUUAAUAUAUCGCAGUAAUUUUACUGCUAUGUUGGAUUAUCGUUAUGGUGUAAAUGCUAAAACAACAGGCUACAUUAUAUCCUAUGGUAGUAUUGCUGGAGCAAUAUCUGGUAUGUCAUUGGGCUCUAUAUAUAGCUACAUACAAAGUGAUGUAAAUAUGAUGUCAAUUGGUGGAAGUUUGAUGAUGUCAUCUUUUUUGGGAUAG